AUGAGUUUGUUCAGCCCUAGUUUGAACUAUGCAGGCGCUAUGAGGGGAAGUGGUGAAAGUGGACUUUGGAGAAGGGUCACCGACGCCGGGGAUGGUGACCGAGGUGAUCUGUAUUUUUGUCGGAGUCGGAGAAAAGGUCCUAGACUCAGCCGCAUCGUCCUAGUUGAUUGA